UGAUGUUGAUCCCGGAUCACAUCAUAAUUUCUGAAAUCACGUUCACAGUCGCGGUCGUGCUUAACAAGUUAUCCACAUCACGUUUCAUCUAAUUAUUGAAAUCAUUCUUGUACUUUCAGUUUGACAAUAUUAUAACGUGUAGUUACAGUUUAGUUACGUUCUACAACUAAUUCAUAAUGUAUUUUCAUGUGGUUUUGUUAAUAAGUUGUUGGGAGACUUGGAAGGUAAUCCGUCGACAGCCAGUGCUGCAGUGCUUGCUGACUCAGAGGAGGAGGCUUUCUCUCCACUGGUCCCUGUGUCAUCAGUGCAUGACUUUGGCUCACAGUGUAACCUGAGACCUUUACAUCGUUCAUCAGCUGUUCAGGCACAGCCCAAGAUGGUUAGUGUGGGGACUCAGACAAAAACAUCCGCUCCAUCUACCAGUCCUGUGCACAGCGAUGAUGAUUUAUCCUCUCUUUUCAUGGACGAACCUGAUGAUGUGUUGUGGACACCAGAAGGUGAAAAGACAAGUGAUUCAUCUGAGGAGGAAACACUGCAGGAAACUCCCCCUGAUCACAUUGCUGCUGACAAGUUCAUUGUGUGCCGAAGCCAGCUGAUGUCUCUCUUUACAAUUUGCCCAGCCUGUUCUGGAAAAACGCAAGGAAAUGUUGAGAAGCAGGAGGGAACUUUUUUAAAAGUAAAGCAGGUCUGUGCAGCAUGUGGGUACCAGCGUUUCUGGCAGAACCAGCCAAUGCUGCAUCGCAAUAUGCCAGCAUGCAACCUCUUACUGAGCAGGGCAAUACACUUUUCAGGUUGCAUGGCUACCCAAACCAUCAGGAUGUUGAAACUCUUUGGGCUUCAGUGCAUCACUUGACACCUUCUUCCGCCAUCAGCGAUUGUAUACAAUUCCUACUGUCAUUUAAGCGUGGCAGAAUGAAAUGGCAGGAAUAAUAAGAGAUCUGAAGGAGAUGAGUGGGGGACUGAUCCUGUCUGGUGACUGCAGGUCAGAUUCUCCUGGCCAUUGUGCAAAGUACGGCACAUAUUCUUUGAUCGAAGACCGAAUAAACAAGGUUUUAGAUGUUCAGCUUGUACAGAGCUCAGAAGUCCCAAGUAGCAGCUGGUGUGAGUUAGAGGGUCUAAAGCGCAGCAUAAGGUUUCUGACUGAGGAAAAUAUGCAAGUGUGAGCCCUCAUCACAGACGAAAUCGGCAGGUUGCCAAAUGGGUGCGGGAGGAGUUGUGUUCAAAGGGAACCAACCAUUUCUUUGACAUAUGGCAUAUUGGCAAAAGUGUAGGGAAAGCUUUGGAUGCUGCUGCAAAGGACAGGGAUUGUGAAGAUCUGAAGCUGUGGAGGCCAGCUGUAAUUAACCAUCUCUACUGGACUGCAGCUUCCACUCCUAAUGGAGAUGCAGAUGUGAUGGAGGCUAAGUGGAAAAGUAUGGUCAACCAUGUUCAGGACAUCCACGUACAUGACACUCCUACGUUUCCCUGCUGUGCACAUCUACCUCUAGAGGGGGAAACAAGAAACAAGGCGUGGCUGGAACCAGGAUCAACUGUAGCAGUUAAACUGGAGAGUAUAGCUUCUAGAACAGCACUGGUGAAGGAUGUUCGUCAGUUGUCCCCACAGCAUCAGACCUUUUCACUAGAGGCAUUUCACUCUCUCAUGCUGCACUUUGCACCAAAACACACUGGGUUCUCCUUCCUUGGAAUGUACAGCCGACUUCUCCUUGCGGCCCUGCACUUUAACCACAACUCCGACAGACAAGAUGCUCAAACCAGUGAUGGUGAGGCGCGUUAUGCUGUUCGCUACCCUAGGUUCCGCAAAGGUGGCUGGGUAGUCCGUCCUGUUAAGGAAAAGCCAUCAUACACAUAUGCAUCAUCCCUCAUGGAGUCUCUUAGAGUGGAAUAUUCAAGGUCACCACAGAGUCUACGAGAAUCCAGCACUGUUCUGUUUUUAAAUGCACCUGCACCCCUCUCCAGCUCCUACCAGAGGAUCGACAAGGAUGAGGCUGUUGGCUUAUAUAAAGCACAGCAUUCAAGAUUCAACAUACGAUAACGCAGUGGUUCUCAAACUGGGGGCACUGAGAUGGUAC